UGUCGAAGCUUCAUGAGGAGUUUCACUCAGAGAGGAAGACGUCCAGAGGGAGACCACUACAUCUGAUUGGCUGAUGACUCUUAAAAGGCCACCAAUCAGACACCAUCCUCACUGUGUGACUGCGUGUGUUUCCCUCUCCUUUUCUGAACGCACUGUGUCAGCCUGCGCAUAUUUUUAUGUUUGCAGGGCUGCAUGCAUGCAUGAGUGUGUGCAGGAUGCUACAAUCUGGAACUGUGAAGGAGGGGGAGGGGCGAGGAUAGAGAAGCUGAAGAAAUAGAUGAAAAAAGAAAGAAAAGAGGGAUAUAUAGAAGAGAAGAAGAAGGGAGGAGGACAGUGAGGAGAGGGCAGAUGCUGAGGAGAGAGUGGUAGUGAAAAGCACACUGAGGAGAGAUUUAGGGAGAGAGUGAGGAGGAGGAGGAGGAGGAGGAGGAGGAGGAGGAAGAGACGAUCUGCUGGAGGAAGCAGCAGCAUCGUUGAUUUUCAUAGGAACUGAGGCAGCUGUCCUCUGUUGCCGUGACGAUGGGCUGCUGGCUCUCUGGACCGUGGAUGGGUGACCAAACGGUGAGUGGGCGGAGUCUGGCACACCUGAGCCAGCGGGAUGCUCUGCGAAUCCUGGCGGCCAGUCAGCGACCAAUCACAAUGCAGAUCAAGGGUCAGAGGGGGUGUGGCACCGAGGCAGACAGGGGAGCCUGGGAGCCCCUUCCCCUCAACCUGCAGCACCUCAACCUGCCCCUUCCACGUAUGGGGGCGGGGCUUAAUGCCUCCAGCCCCUCCUACCAGGACAGACAUUAUUACAGCCAUCUGUCUCUGCCACAAGAUCACUGUGAAGGAGGACGAUACAGCUACCUGUCCAGCUCUCCACGGGACACUGUGGACAUCGGCCACCAGGAUCCAGAACUGACUGGUCGUGGACCAAAAGGACAGAACUGCCUGAUGGGAUGUUGCAAUGCAAACUUAGAGGAACCUAACGGCUGUCACAGUCAGACGGAUGACGAGGACUUUAUGCUGGAGAAGCCGCUGGGCUUCCUGCCCCUCCACCAUGAGCUGGACAGUGGGCUGGGCUGGACUGAUGGCUCCCUCCACCAGGGAGACCUUUCGGGGCUGGAGACCGAAGAGGGAGGACUGGAGGACUGUCAUUCACAUGGGGCCCUCGCCCCGGGAGGUUGCGGGGGCUUUGGAGGUGGUGGCUCUCCUUCCUCUGAGUCCUUUAUAUCCUCGGAGCUCAGUGACUCUGGCUUCUACAGUGUGAGCACCGGGGAGUUCAGGCACUUCCAGAGGCUGCUGGAGAAACGAAUGCGGCUGUACAACGCCAGGCUGCAACAUCAAGGUGAACCCUGUGAGAGGCGGGAGCGGCGUGACAGUUGUCCGAAGAGCCACCGCGAGCUGCUGGAGGCCAUUCCCGAGGCACUGACUGUGCAGCCUCAGUGUCAACGCCUGCAGCUUGCAAUGGAGGAAGGUGCUGGGCCUGUCAUGGACCUCCCACCCCGAGGACUUUUCAGGGUUUCAUCAGUCCAGUUUCAUAAAGCUGAUCGACCUUGUCUGAACCGCCACAGCUCCAGCAGCGGGGCCCUCUUCAACCCCUCCCACGCCGCAGUCUCACGAAUGACUGCCCCAGUCCUCUCCACCUGCAGCACCCCCUCCAGCCACCGAAGACCACUAAUAGCAAUGCAGCCGCAGCACCACCAGGGCUCCAGUUCAGUAGGGAUGCUGAGGAGAAGCCGAACACUUCACCAUCGCCCUCCUCAGCCGGAGUACCGCCGCCGGGCCAGCCACCCAGCUUCCCCCUCGUACUGUGCAGCAACCCUGCACCACUGUGGAGGAGUUACGCCGUGUAACGUACUGCCGCAAGGCCUGCCACAGGAAGGUGAGCUCGUGGCAGGUGUGAUGGCUUCCCACCCAGCAGGCCUGGCUGUCUCACCCCAACAACAUCACAUCACUCUGGGGCAUAUUAGGGCUGCCAGCAGCCAUGAGAGAUUCUACGACAACAACCCCAACAGCCAGAUCGCUCACCACGACUGGUGGCACUCACAAGAAAGAUGCUUGAUGCCUGAGCCUAUGGUAACAGAAAGGGACAGAGAGAUCGAGAGGGAACUGGAACAAAAAAGGCAAAUGCAAAAGGAGAAAGAGAUGGAGAGGGAGGCACAGAUUCAAGAGGAGAUGGACAGAGAGAGGCAACAGGAGCUGGGCAGGAGUCGAGCCAGAGAGCAGCAGCACCUCCAGAGUUUGGUCCACCCUCCUCAGGCAGGAGAUGUCAACGACACCUGGCCAAAACCAGCUAGCCGUCAGUCCCAGGCUGGCGGAGGAGGCAGAGGUCUCUACAGUACCUUGGAGGGCCACACAGGGGCUUGCACUGCUGCUGGAUGGGAUGCAAAGAAAGGACACAUGAAUGCGAGUUCAAACCUUAAUCCCAGUUGUGGUCUGCAGCCAAAACUUGAUCUGAGCUCCAAACCCAACCCAACCUCACGGAUCUCUAGGAACCAACUCCUGAGAGACCGAGCUUCUCAGCUGGCGGAUGAACGCAGCGGGAUGAGCACAGAUGAGGAAACCAAUACUGACAUGCUGAUGGGUCGGUACUGGAGUCGCACAGAGAGGAGGGAACACUUCCUGCUGGCCCGUGAGCAGAGGCAGCAGCAGCUGCAGGCCAGAGGAAUGACAAUACGAGAGGCUAUCAGCAGGGGAGGAGCCAUCGCAGGAGCAGGAGGAGUAGGAGGAGCCUCUGUUGGAGAUGUAGGUAUACUUGACAGCAGAGGAGGUGGACCUUUUGCAGAAGGUCGGUGCAACACAGUUCUGGAGCUGAGUCAGAGGAAACUGAGUCGCCUAAGGAACAGGAAGCUGCUGGAUGACUGGACGACAGUAGAGGAGCUGCUGACUCAUGGGACCAGGCUGGACAACCAGGAGGACAUGCUGUGUCCCAGCUCCCUGUUGACGGUCACCACCGUCUAACUGCAUGGACACCACGUCUAACUGUAACUGUGCGUGAGUGAGUGUGUGUGAUGUCAAGCUUACAAUACAACAUUUGAGUAAAUCCUUUGAUUGGUCUUUUGCAGAGUCAGAUGUGAAGAUGGAUAUCAGCUUCAUUUCUGUUUGUCCAGUACAGAGAUAAGUCCAGGGCUUUUUUAGCCUAGCUUAGCACAAAGACUGGAAACAGAGGGAAACUGCUAGCCUAGCUCAAUCUAAAGAGAGAGAGAGACAAUUUGUUAAUUUUAGAUUAGAUAUAUUGAAUAAUGGCGUAAUUCAUACUUUCAUACCGCACCUGGCAUCUGCAUAGCCACAAAUUUGGUUAUCAAGCUAACUCAAGCCCACAUUGUACUUUAUACUGUGUAGCAGUGUGGAUGUUUAUAUGUCACCCCAAUAUUUAUAUGCAGACUGUGCACACCUAUGGCACAAUGCACACUGUUUGCUAUGCACUUGCUGUCUGUGUGUUUUACAGACUUCUGUUAUCCACUUAUGAAGAACAAGGUCCUCUUCAUCUCUGUACUUGAAGGACAAAGCCAAAACUGAUAUCCAUCUUCUCAUAUGACUCUGGAGAGAGACAGAGGUUAUAAGGACCUAUGGAAAUGUUGGACUGUACCUUUAAUGAAUGUGCGCGAGAGAGGGAAUCUCACUGUUAUUGCUGUACAUCACCUCAACUGAUAGCUUUAUGUGUGGGUGUGUCACCACUGUACAGCACUCCGGACAAAAUGUGUGUGUCAGUGCAUGACGCUUGUAAUGACAAACAACCGAACAAGGUCAGAUGAGCGUGUGUGUUUGCGUCAUGUGUUUCAUGCUACAUCUUAUGCUACAUUUAUUUCACACAAUCUUUGACAAAAUUACAAAAAUUUGGGUUUGGACUCAAAAGAUUUCGGGGAGCAAUACUGUUCUGCGUGAUGUACCUGGCUGUGCACUAACGAUAGAUCACACACAACUACUUUUACAUCAGGAACAGAACACAUCAACUGUAGCAAUGCAGACAAUGACAACUGAGAUUUGAUACCAAAUCCUGAAUGGUUUUUAUAGAAACUCUGUUUACAAUUAAAAUAUCAAUCGGUGGGAGCUUUUGUAACUAAAAAUGAUAUAAAACACGGCCUGAUUUACUUGCUUGUGCAACACUGGUCAAACCGUGUUGAUCAGGGAUGGGGAACAAUGUGCCAUGGAGGUUUGCAGAAGAUUUUGACCACAGCUUUAAUCCGUAAAAUCAGAUGCUGCUUUGUUUUUUAACAUGUUCACGCCAACCUCCAAACUGUGAGUUCUGAGUUAGAGGCAUUUGCAAGAAUGAAAUGUCACUAAAACAGUGGCAAAAUGGUUGGAAAGUCUCUACCACUAGCAGUUAUAUCUAAAUAAAAUGCACUAUUACUGACACCCAAAAUUACUAAUACAAUUGAUGCAAAUAAUAAAAAAGGAGCAAUACGCUCCUACAAACUUCUAACAUCUCUCUCUCUCUCUAUAUAUAUAUAUAGGUAAUACAAUACCUAAUUUAGACAUAAUAUCCAUUUAUCUGGUGUGGGUACAGGGCUACCAACAGACUUGUUUGAAACAGUGUGUAACCUGCCGAUGUAAGUGCAGUUUUAAUGUACUGCCUUGCUCUCCAGGUGACCAUGGCCACCACAGAAACCACACCAAUUAAAACAAUACAUUUAAUUUUAAUCUAUAACUGCUUUUAUGAGCAGGAGUACCAUGAAUUAUACACCUUUCCACCAGCAAAAAUAUCAUAUAGGAAAUAUUGGUUAGCUGAACAAAUCUCUCUUACCCUAUGUGCUGAGAAUAGAGAAGAUGGAUAGCAGAAACUAGCUGAAAGCACCCUGCUUCCACCCAGUCAAAAUGCAGAACACCAACAUUGUUCCAAAGUCAUACGUUUUUUCCCCCAUUCUUGCUGUUCUGCUAACAUGCCAUCAAAGCAGCAAAAAAGUUUUGGCCCCUUCAUGGCUCAUGGCUCCCUGUUCCUGGUGUUGUCUUUACUGUUGGCAGGAUGUUUACAGAUCUACCUACCAAGGUAACAGCUUAUGCAUGUUUACUGAAAUCUACAGUGAUGCGUUGACUGUGUGGAGACCAUUUUACAGAAGAGAAGAUACACCUCAAGUCAACUUUUCGUUAGGUUGUCCAGACUGCUGGAGCGUCUUUACAGUCAGGACAGACAGAGCUCAAGUCAGUGUUGUUGACAUUCCAUUUAUAGCACGUACAGUGUGAGUAAAUCUGAAAUCUACUGAUUCCAGGUCUGCAGUUCGGGAAAAUGUGCAAUAAUACCUCAAGCUAGUUUUAAUACGAUAAUGACAGUGUUGUGUGCGCUACCUGUCAGAUUUCCAUCGAAUGCAGUAACUCGUUUUAAAUCAAACAGAUGCACAAAAGUGACGAGUCACCACAAGUGCACAGUAAUCCUAGAAUCUAAAAUGGCAACAGCAAAGGUUAUUGUAGAUAUUUACAUUAUUUCUUUACAUUGUUUUCCAUGAGAGGGACCUAAGAAAACAACUUUUUGCACAUCAUUUUUUAUACGAAACGUUUUCCCUACCUUUCUGUACCAGGGACCGAGGCCAGUGAAACGACUGUAGAUAGAAUGACAGUGUGUGUUGAUGUUUUCUUUAUAAACUAUCAUAGUGAUUUAUGGAGGAAAAAAAACAGUUUAUUGUCAUUGUGUUGGACAUAUUUCAAUAUUUUUCUUGUGAUGGUUACAAAACCAAUGUGAACAGUUUUUAUGAUCUUUAAAAUCUUUAAAAUCAACUUAAUUUACUUAAAAGCUGGUGAAACUUUGAUUUACCAUUUCAACACAAAAUGUGAAUAUUAUUGUCUCUUUAAAUGGCUAAAUUGAAUUUUACUGUUGUUUUGUGUCAUUAUGACAUGUACAUAUUGAUUUUGUCAGAAGGUGCAGAUGAGGUUCGAGUUAGAAACAGGACAUGCAGGUGCCAUCAGACGCCUCCAGUGGUUUAUCAUGUGAUUCUGUAGGUUUAUAGCUGUGUUAUGGAGGCUGUAUAUACAGCACAGAGGUUAACUUUGUAGUAUUAGUAUGUUUAACACUCACAAUAUUGUCAGAAUUCAUGGAAAGUGGUUCAGUUUGUUCUGAAUGUUAAAUGUGGCAUCCAUGAAUUAUGAGUAGGAUCACUGAAGCUCUAAUUCUUAAAGGAAUACGACAACAUGUUGUAUAAAUCUUCUUGUUCUCUGUCUUCUCCAGAGCUAGAUGUUUCAUAUAUCAGUUUCAUCUUUGUGUGUCCAUUACAGAGGUGGGUCCAGGAUGUGUUUAGCCUGGCUUUGCACAAAUACAGGAAGCAAAAGAACAAAAAAACAACCUUCCAACAACUCCAAAGCUGAAAUCCAUCCAACUGUUGUUGAGGUAUUUCAUUCUGGACCAGUUUGUGGUGGACUAAAAGAUGUUGCUUUAGUGUGGCUAAAAAAACCCACUUUCUUACAACUCCAGAGCUGUCUGAUUUAUGUAUACUGUUACAUUUAUGUAUCCUGUCCGUCAACAAGCUACUCAUCAAUCUAACAAUUUGUGAACAACCUCAAGAAAGUAAAAAAAGAAGCUGACUAAUACACUUCCUAUUUUCCUUCCUGGAGGAGGUAGAGCAGGAAAAGCAAAGGUGUAAAUAAUCAAAUUAAUAAUGGCCAAAUUCAUUUUGGCUGCUUUGUUUUCAGGACCAUGGCAAGCUGGCUAACACUGAUACUGUCAUGGCUUACUGGUAGACUUGAUUAGAACAGAGCCAAAUGUCAUUAGUGUGUCAUAACAUGUCAUAACAUCUGUGCUUUUCCUACUAUGACAAGUCAGAAUGUCCUCCUUAAAAAAAGGCAGGCCCCAUAGAAAGCCAAAGGGAGACUGAAACUCAGAGGUUCUAUUCCACAAGACAAAUAAUAAUGCAAAUUAAUAAAAUCCAGUCUUGGAACAUAGCUGCCUGUCUACAGCCACAUGGUACAGCACAACCACACUAAGCUAUGAUCGGUCAAUCGUGAAUUGGUUUAGCGAUCAUUCAGGUGCUCUGGAGGAUGGUUCAUAGUCAGUUGUGAUGGGGUAGCCAAGACUUUAUCCAAAUGUUCUAUACAUAUUUCUUAGUUUGCGAGAAAGCUGCUUUUUGGUAACAUAGGUAGCUUUAUGGGUAGGUUAUAGAAAUUUAGAAAAAAAUACAUGCCUAGUGGUGUGAAUGGGCCCAACCGUGUUAUACCCUGAAUAUCACUGAGAGCUCAUUUCGUUCUUCAGUCUGACAUGGUGUUCAUGUUUUCUAUUUUGGAGUAGGGGUGACUGUUAUAUAGUGACUAUACUCGCUGACAUAUUGGAAUCCCUGAAGAAAUUGAAAAUGUGAGCAGUGAUUCUGAAGUCUGAAAGCAGGCUAAGCUGGGUGUAGUGACUACAUCUCAAAAGUUCUUUACUUAUAGGGCCGCUGUCGGGUCGUUUUGUUCAAAUCAGACACCUUUGGAGUUGCUGGAAGGGGGAAUUUCUCUAUUUAUUGAACUAGGAUAGCAGUUUCCCCCUGCUGCGCUAAGCUAAGCAAGUCCUGGGCCUAUCUCUGUACUGGACACACUUUGAUAAAACUGAUACCCAUCUUCUCAUCUGAAUGUGGACACAACAGAGAAAAAGAGCAUUUACAGAAAAGUCGAACUGUUUGGAAUCAGGCGCAGAAGAUGUGGAAUCAAACCUCCACCCUGUUUGUUUCCACAUUUUCCCUCUCUCUCGACUGUGACUCAAACAGUAUGAAUAAUGGAUGACGAAGAAAGAAUUUUUCCUUCCCACCCGCCCCCCUUCACUCUCUUUGCUUACGUUACACAAGGACACAGAGCUGAAAAUAGCGCUGCUGUCCUCAUGUGAUGUGAAAUUAAAAGCACACUGGAGCGGAGACACUUGCUGCUGGGGAACUCAACACUUGUUUUACUCCAUCUGACAAUCCCUCCAUCCAGCCUGCAACACCAUCUGUCUGUGCAAGAGUACUUUUCACAACAGCAAGCUUUUUGGAAUAUGAUGAUGUACAUGUGAUUGUAAUAAAGAGAUUUUAAUUAGCUAUGA